AGUGAUCUGUUCCAGACUGAAUCGUAUUCACUUUCGCGAAGUCAGUCGCAGUCGCAGAUGGCGAACGAACGUAAAAUCGCUCAACUUGAGCGACAAAUUAUGAGCGCACAUACAGAUAUCGAGAUACAAAAACGAGAAAUCGAAGUCUAUAAAGCGUCGCUUGUUGAAAGUGAGAAAGUGAGAGAUCAUUCAACAUCUUUUAGUUUUCUAUUCCAACUCCAUGACUGCUUCAAGGAACGUGAUUCGCUCUCACAGAAGGUGAGGAAAAUGGCUGCGGAUGCAAGCGCUAUGGAGCGCUCGUUUGCUGAGGAAGAACGUAAAGCCCAUGAAAGCGAGUUAAGGCUGAAGAAAGUCCAAGAAGAGUUAACUGCACUCAAGCAGAAACACGAUAAAAGUUUAACUGAGAGUCGGUGUGAGCUACGUGAAGAGAAGAAGAGGAUGAGGCAAAAGAUGGAGGAUUUAAUCAAAGAGCAAGAAGCGAAGAGAGUACCGCGAAAUGCACAUUUGGAAAAAACACUCGAAGAAACCCAAAUGCAACUAGCUGAAACACGCUCCCAGUUGGAUCGUGCUGUAACACAAAUUACUCAUUUGGAAAGUCUUUCGAAAUCGCAAGGAGCCUAUGGCGAGACAUGGGAGAAUCAAUACAGAAUGGCAAUGACUGAACUGGAAGCACUCAGAGAUGAAAAUGCUGCGUUAAAAAUGAAAAUACGACGACAAUAUAAGCAAAUCGAACUCCUUACACAACAGUCACAAAUGGAAGCUGAUGUAGCAGAUCUCGAGAAUCGAAUCGGUAUUAAAGAUGAUGAACGAAAUAUCGAGAAUGGUAAUCCGACAGCGGUUGCAAAUUAA